CGAAAUCUCUAAUGAGGUCCUCAAAAAGCUACCGAAAGCAGCAAUUGAGGACCUAACCACAGUGGCAAAUGCAAUCUUGGACCUCCAAUACUUUCCGAACAUCAGGAAAAAGGCAAUUGUGGUAUAGGUUCCGAUGAAAGGCUCAAAAAGGAAACUGCUCACGUCCUACAGGCCCAUCAGCUUACUACCAAUGAUGGGCAAAAUUAUCGAGAGGUGUAUCCUGUACCAAAUGCAGGAUACAAUAGAGGACAAGAAAGUGCUGCUGGAUGAGUAACAUGGAUUAAGGCCGGGCCAUGGCACAAGCACACUUGCCCGCCCGGCUAACAACGAGAAUCCAACAAGUGUUAAAUCGCCGAAAAAGUCUAGGAGCUGUCUUCCUGGACAUGUCUAAGGCAUUUGACAAGGGUACCAAAUCAAGCUCAUCAGCAGUUACUUGUCUGGACGCAGUUUCCAAGUCAGAACAGACAAGCAGCUCUCUGCAAGCAAGGUCAAUGAUGUCAGGAGUACCACAGGGGGCGGUUCUGGCCCCUACCCUGUUCAAUAUCUACAUGGCGGACCUUCCAAUCAACAAGAACACAGAAGGCUACAUCGUCAGCGUAGAUUCAUUCGUUCACUACCGUGGGGAAGGGUCCUGCCAUCCAAGCCAAACUGCAGAGACAGCUCAACAAAGUCAUGAAAUGGAGCAAGGACUGGAAAAUGGAGUUCAAUCCUGCAAAAACACAAGCCAUAAUAUUUACAAGAGGCAGGAAGAACCCACCCAGAGGCCUACUAGAGCUUGCAAGACAGAAGCUGCCAUAGAGAUCCAAGAUAACCUAUCUUGGACUUAUGACAAGCGUCUAGUAUGGCACGACCAAAUGGCAAACACCAUCGCCAAGGCAAGACUCCUGCUCCAUGCCUGCUAUCCUCUGCUGUCAGGUAAACUCUGCCUACAAACCACCGAUGGCCAGAGUUUACAAGCAAUUGAUACGCCCGAUGCUGACCUAUGGAUCUCCUACGUGGUCCAUAGCCAGCACCUCGCAAAAGCAGAAACUGGCAGUAUUCCAGGAUAAAAUACUGAGGAUAGUGACAAAGGCCCCAUACUUCGUCAGAAGUACCACCCUGCGAAGAGACCUGGAUACAGAGGACCUGCUGGACAACAUCCGGAACCUAACGUCAGGGUUUCUGGAUAGCAUCCGGCACAGCAAGAAUCCCACCGUCAGGGUUUCUUGCACCAAGAAGUUCAACUGUGACCGCAGACCUCUCCCUGCGGACACAGUCUAAGAAGA